GCUCCACCACUCACGCUCACUCUAUCUCCCCAUCCCAUUAUCGUCGUCUGUCUCUCUCGCCGCCGUUCUCAACGAUGGCGUCGUCGCUGCCCUCGAACGGCCCAUCGGCAGCCACUCAAGCCAACGAUAUUCUUCGCGAGGACGCAAAGAAAGGAAAUACGACCGUACAUACUUUCGACCCAGACGCAACCCCAGAGCAGAAGGCUGCGGCUGCAGGCAAAGGUCGUGACCAACUGAAGAGCGUGGUAGACACGAACAAGGACGCCGUCGCUAGUAAAGAGGUUCCCAUUGCCGGCGCAGAUAAUGUCAUGCCUACAAUUACUAUCGAGGACAUGGACAAGGCUGCCCAGGAGGGCGUUGAGGGGGUCGCACAGCCUCCAGGCGCAAUACCCGCAGCACUUGCGCCAGCUAUACCAGACUGGUACAAGGUCGGAUGGCGCGCGUUCACAGACCUGGACAAAGCCCCUGAAGAUGAAGAUGCCAAGGAUACCCGUUUGUACAAUGCCUGGAUUUCUGACCAAUAUUAUGGUCAGUGGUAUCAUAAUGCAGCUGUGAUCAUCGUCUCUGUCUUCACCACGCAUUUCCUUACUCGCUUCGGCUUCGGCUGGGGAUGGUUAUUCAUUCUACUUGCUUUCUGCAACACAUAUUACACGACUUCUAUGGUCCGCGUUCGGCGAGCAGCGCGCGAUGACAUCCAACGCGAACUCGUCAAGACUCGUAUCAGUAACAAUACAGAGUCCACCGAAUGGCUCAACCACUUCCUGGAACGCUUCUGGCUCAUCUACGAGCCCGUUCUCUCUGCUACCAUCGUAUCCUCUGUUGACCAAAUUCUCAGUACCAACUGUCCACCAUUCCUCGACUCGCUGCGCCUUAGCAGUUUCACUCUCGGGAGCAAAGCGCCCCGAGUAGACUCCGUCGGCACGUUUACGAAAACCCCCGACGACGUUGUCCAGAUGGAUUGGAAGUUCUCAUUCACUCCAAAUGACGACUCGGAUAUGACGCCACGUCAGAAGGCGACGAAGAGCAACCCUAAGGUAGUCUUGACCAUCCGAGUGGGAAAGGGACUAGCGACAGCAGGGAUGCCGAUCUUGGUCGAGGAUAUGACCUUCAGCGGACUCAUGCGCAUCCGGAUGAAGUUCAUGACCAACUUCCCGCACAUCCAAAUCGUCGACCUCUCGUUCCUUGAGAAGCCGGUCAUUGACUAUGUGCUCAAGCCCAUCGGUGGCGAGACCUUCGGCUUCGACAUUGCGAAUAUCCCAGGCCUUUCGUCUUUCAUUCGCGAUACCACGCAUUCUAUCCUUGGGCCAAUGAUGUACGACCCGAACGUCUUUACCCUCAACCUCGAGCAACUGCUCUCUGGCGCUCCUUUGGACACCGCGAUUGGUGUUGUCAAGGUCACAAUUCACUCUGCUCGUAGCAUCAAGGGCAACAAGAUCGGAGGCGGUACCCCUGAUCCGUUCGUCAGCUUCAGCAUCAACAACCGUGAAGAGCUCGCGAAGACGAAGUACAAACAUAAUACGUUCAACCCAACCUGGAACGAGACGAAAUUCCUGCUCGUCACCAAUCUCGCUGACAAUCUCUGUCUUACUGUGUUUGACUACAAUGAGCACCGGAAGAACACUGAGCUCGGCUCUGUUGCAUUUGAGUUGGGGAAUUUGGCCGAAGAUGCAACUCAGGAUGACCUUGAGCUACCUAUCCUGAAGGAUGGAAAGGAGAAGGGAACACUACGGUUCGACGUUCACUACUUCCCUGUGUUGACGCCCCAGGUCAACGAGUCCGGAGUGGAGGAAUUGCCUGAUUCGAAGGUCGGAAUCGUCCGCUUCGUCAUGCACCAAGCCAAAGACCUCGAUACCACUAAAGUCCACACAACCGACCUCAACCCCUUCGGCAAAGUCUACAUUGGAUCUCAAUCUUCCUCCAUCCACAGCACGCCGAAAGUCCGCCACACGCUCCAACCCGUCUGGGAAUCCGCCACCGAGUACCUCUGUACCGACCGUGCCUCCUCUGUCAUCACCAUCAAGAUCAUCGACGACCGCGAUUUCCUUAAGGAUCCUGUCAUUGGGCAUGCGAGCAUUCGGUUGGAGGAUCUGUUGGAAGCGAAGAAGGAGGCCGGGAGGGAUUGGUGGCCGUUGAGUGGGUGUAAGACGGGGAGAGUGAGGUUGAGUGCAGAGUGGAAGCCGCUGAAUAUGGCGGGCAGCUUGCACGGAGCGGAUCAUUAUACGCCGCCGAUUGGUGUGGUCAGGCUUUGGUUGCAGAAGGCGACGGAUGUCAAGAAUGUGGAGGCGGCGCUGGGUGGCAAGAGUGACCCGUAUGUCCGUGUGCUCAUCAAUGGGACCGUCCAGGCCAGGACUGAGGUCAUCAACAACAACUUGAACCCCGUCUGGGACCAGAUCGUCUACAUCCCCGUCCACACCCUUCGCGAAACCAUGCUGUUAGAGACCAUGGACUAUCAACAUCUCACCAAGGACCGCUCCCUCGGCACCGUCGAACUUAAAGUGAACGAACUCGCAAGUGAAAUCCCAGACUCCGCAGAAUCCGAAUACCGCUUCGCCUCCACUGGCAAGAAAUCGGCCGCUGAAGCUAUUCGUCUCGACCGCGGCGGAACGUUCAAGGGUCAACUGCACUACGUUGCCGAGUUCAUUCCGGCUCUCAACCUCAAGGGCGUCAAGUUCGCUAUGGGACCAAAUGAGUUGGAGAGGAUGGUGGGCAAUGUAGGGUCGGACGAUGAUGAUGGGGAUGUGGCGGAGGAUAGUGCGAGUAGCAGUUCUGUCAGUGGGGCUGAGGAUGGAUUUGUGCCGGGCAAGGUUACGGCCACGAGGCCGAUUGGGUUCAAAGGGCACGCGAAAGACAAAGCGUCGGUCGAUACGGUCAAGACGGUGGAGACUGUGAAGACGACGGAGACGGGCAGGACGGGGAGGUCGGCUGCUACGACUGGGACGGUGAAUACGGCGAAUGGAUCGGUUGGACAGACGGAGAAGGAGGAGCCUGAGGUCGGGAUUGAGAUGAGUAAGGAGGAGUUGUUGACACAUCAAUCCGGCAUCAUCAUCUUCAACGUUAAGUCUGGCGAACUCACCAAGAAGGCACGUCUCGAGGUCCUUCUCGACGACGGGUACUGGCCUGCGUUUAGUACUGCGCGCGCUCCGGGCCAUAAAGCCGAAUGGGAGCAUGUCGGCGAAGGAUUCCUCAAGGAACUCGAUUUCGGUCGCGUGUGGUUGAGGUUGAAUGUUGCGGAUGAGGGCGAUAAGGACGAGAUUAUUGGGGAGUGGAAGGGCGAUGCGAAGCCGUUCUUGCAGCAGACUUUGGAUGGUGCGUCGAAGUUCCAUCUGGUGGAUGAGGACGAACGCACGAUCGGAGUCAUCAAUAUCGAGGCUCGUUAUGUCCCUUGUCCCGUCGUGCUCGAGGCCCGCGAGAGUAUCAACAACCAGGGCUUGUUACGCGUUGUCCUCUUCAGUGGCCACGACAUCCGGGCGGUUGACCGUGGAGGCAAAUCAGAUCCGUUCGCUGUGUUCACGCUCAACGGACAGAGGGUCUUCAAGUCUCAGACCAAGAAGAAGACGCUUAACCCAGAUUGGAACGAGGACUUCACCGUAUCUGUGCCAUCACGAGUGGGUGCAGAUUUCGAGGUGGAAAUCUUCGACUGGAACCAGCUCGAACAAGCCAAGUCCCUUGGCUCUGGCAAGAUAAACCUCGAAGAAGUCGAGCCCUUCAACGCUCUCGAGCGGACCAUCCCGCUGUCCACGCCCAAGCAUGGCACCAAAGGCGAGAUCAAACUCUCGUUACUCUUCCAGCCCGAGAUCAUCGCCAAGUCACGCAAGAACACCUCCACGUUCUCUACCGCCGGACGGGCCAUGACCCAGAUCGGGGCCCUACCUAUCGGUGCUGGGAAGGGUGUCUUCCACGGCGUCACGGGCGUGUUCAAACAUAAAGAUAAGAACGGGACGAUCGUGGAGGAUAUGGAGCCGGAGAGUAAUGGCCAGGUCACGCAUAUGCGGGCAGCGAGUGGGAGUAGCGGAGGCUCCAUACUGAAUCUACCGAAUGGGCAGAUGUCGCAGCCUGUGGGACAGUCGGAACAUAUGAUCGGAGGAGGAACGACGUUCCCUUCGAACGGACAACUGACUGACGGGAGUAAGGUGGAGCCGGGGAUGUUGAAGGUUACGGUGUUGGACGCGAAGGAUUUGGGACAGGGGGAUGUGAAGCCUUAUGCGGUGGUGAGGUGUGGCGAUAAGGAGCAGAAGACGAAGCAUGUCAAGACGGCUGCGCCGGAGUGGAACGAGUCGUUCACGUUUAGCGCAAGUCCGUUGACGCCGAAGCUUCAUAUCUGGAUUCAUGACCACAAGACGCUGGGCAAGGACAAGCUUCUCGGGCAGGCCGACGUCGAUAUAUGGCAACACAUCAAGCCCACAGGUAUCUCCUCCGCCGACGUCUUCGCAGAAUUGCGCGAAGGCCAAGGUCUUCUCCGUCUGAGACUCGAAUUCGACCCAGACACCGCGCCUCUUGGCCGUCCGUCCACCGUUUCUUCGAAUGAGAGGCCAGGCCUCGGGUCGCCGUCGAGGUUCAGCCUGAGUAGGAGGAGGACGACGAAUCCGGGUGCUGGCUCGGAUGCUGAGUGAUCAGCUCAAGUUCUCUUUUACUCGCAAAUGCUUCUUACUACUCGUUCCUAUAUUUUUGCACUCUUUCUUAUUUUUCCGCUUCUUUUCUCCUCCUAGUUUCUUCUCUCUUUUUCUUCUCUACCACUACUCUGAUACGUGAGCCUCAUGUUCCCGUCUGCAUCUACAUCUUCAUCUCCAUCUGUCCUAUACGCAUUACCCACUUCCCCUCCCACUCCCACUCCCACUCCCAUACCAGUAUCCCCACCAUUUUAAAAUCAAACAAAUGGACUGCUCCUCUCCUCUCCUCUCCCCUUUUGCUCUCCGCUAUCACCAUUGCCUACCAUCUAUCUCAGUCAAAUGAGGAUGAACCAGUCAUUCCUCGUAAUCCAAACAAUCACCAUCAACAUCGAGGGCAACCCGAGAUUUGUUCCAGUUCUCAAAAUGCUAUUACUACUCCGAUUUUCUUUUAGUUAUCACUCUCAUUCCUACACUUCCCACUCUGCGGCAGUUUAUUCGUUUGCCAGCUCCAGAAUAUGGACACUAUUCCUUUCUGAUCCUCAUGCUGACCGUGCUCGUUCUGUUCUUGCUUUUUCUUUCCCCUCUCUUCUCUCUCCCUCGAGUUUGGUCUGUGUUAGUACGCCGUAGUCGCAUAUUCAGUACAGUACAGUAUGCCCUUCUUUUGUCUGUAUAACAGGUCGCCUUUUUUAUCAAUCGGUCAGGGGUAAGAGCGUCCUUCAAUCAAGGCGUGGGAAGUGUUGAGUUCCUAAACCAAUCACUAGCAGCAGGCCUGAGCACUGUUGAAAGGGUUAUCGCAAGAAGCGGACGAUGAAGAGGUGCUCGGGACCAGCUCGACGUUGGAUGACGAUCUCGCUUUGGAGACCAUAUCGUUCUUGCAUGCGAUGUUGAAUCUCGGGGAUGUUGUUUUUCUUGAGCACGACGAGGUAGAAACGGCCGUUCGGGGAGAGAAGAUCAGCGACUUGCUCCAAUAAAAUGUUCGUUACAUCCAUACCAUCUGUCCCGCCUGCCCAAGUACUAGCGAUGUUAGCCCCAAGUUGUGCGGAGUCAGCUUCAGGGGUGUCUGUAGGGACGUAAGGAGGGUUGAAGAGGAGGAUAUCGAUGGAGUGGCGGAGACGAGGCUGGAGUGAUUGGGCGAGAGAUGUGAUGAUUGGAUUGAGGAGAAUCUUGUUCUGAUGGCCCGUCUGUAGGGUGCACAAAGCCGCGUGAGGAUUGAUGUCGGUGCAGAGGUAUAAUGGGUUCGAAGAUCCUAGAAUGCUGCCUAUGAAACUCGAGACGCAACCAGAACCAGAGCCUAUUUCAAGACAUAUUAAAGGCAUCAUCGCCUUCAACUCUUCUGCAUCUUUCUCGAGAGCAUCGAGGAGUAAAAAUGUGUCUUCAGCUGGCUCGUAUAUAAGAUUAAAGUCAUCCUUAGUGAGAUGUGAGGUGUCCGGUGUAGGUAUCAUCUUGUAGGUUGAGGGUAGCUGGGCC